GUCCGUCCGCCGAGCCGCCGCGAUGGCUGAUGAGCUCAGUGACCUGCUGCGGGAGUUUGAUGAGGUGAUAGAGGACUUUGACCGAGGCCCUGCCUGUCAGUAUGAGCAGCACCUGGAGGAGCUGAAGAGGAAAGCAGGACACAGCGUGUAUGACAGUGGCAUCGAUGAGCUGGAGAGUACCAGCACGUCCCCAGGGAGCAGUCUUAAUUCCAGCGAGGAGGACCUCAACACCCCUGCCAAUGCUUACCCUUCCAAAGCUAAGCUCGGAGACACGCAGGAGCUGGAGGAGUUCAUUGCGGAUCUGGAUAAAGUGUUGGAAGAGAUGUGAGAUGUGGUUUUGGUGGCGAGUCCGGAGAGGAGGAUCCACAGCAGAUGAGCCCCGUGCCUCCCCGACGCACCCUCUGCUCCUGUGCCCCCGCCACCCACCACCCACGUAGGCGACAGCUCUCCCGUGCCACACUGCUCCGCGCCGGGGAAGGGCAGUGCUGGCCGCAAGCGGGGACUGAUCCGGCAAUGGGACGGGCAGCUGGGCUGUGAUGGUGGCUGGGCCUUGCUCUGCUCCUGCGUGCAGGGCAGGACUCUGCCAGCAUGAGAUGGGACGAGCUCUCGCUGGGGGCACCAGGCUUUGCCCUACAAGGGGGGGCUGGCAGCUCUUGUGACCGAGUGGGUUUGGGGGG